AUGAAUCACCAUUCACGAUGGCUGUUUACACUGAAAAAUAUCAUUCUUUGUGCUAUUCUGGCAGCUGUUAUCGUUCGUUUAAAGAAUAAUCUCGACAAAUUAACGAAAACAACGGAAUCGGGUAAAGUUCUGUCACUCGAGGAAUUUGGUAAACUUUACAUGGAGAAAUAUGGUUAUUCCAGGAUCCUUGAGGAAUCAGUGUGCUUGAUGGACGGCCAGUGUGUGCAUAUAGCAGACAGCGUUGAUCAAUAUGGCGAUAGGUUUUCGCUAAUUCGUGAGAUUAUGUCGGGAUCAAUACGGAUUUCUCAUAUGCGAUUAAAGUUACCAUCAGGUCUCGAUGCUGGUUCAGAAAUCACACAGCUGAACAUCACAGUGGUGGAAUUGGAUCCGAAAUUGCUUGAAAUUGCCCAAAAUUGGUACGAAUUGCAAAUGGACGACAACCACAGGGUGAUAAUAGCCGAUGGAAUGGCUUUUAUCGAAAAAGCUGUGGAGAAAGGAAAGCGCUAUGACUUGGUAUUUUUGGAUGCAUGUACCCUGGAUGAGAAUGCCAAGUUCUUAUGCCCAGUUGAAACAUUCACUACAACGAAAGCUCGAGAUCUUCUCGCCAAAUUGGCUGAACCAAGAGGUACUAUCGUCGUGAAUACUAUUUCGGUUGAACAUGACAUCAAAGAGCUUGCCAAAGAGGUGAGAAAUUAA